ACUUUUGAACUGAGUCAGUAUAAGAGAUUGAGCUGGUAAAAUAUGUAGUGGUAAUAACUAGUGCAUGGUUGAAUCUGAUUAUGAUCAACAUGAAUCUUGGAAGGUAGAAUGGGCUCUACGAACAGUAAAGAGGAGAACGCUCCUCUUGCACGUCGAGAUGGAACACCAGGGAAGAGAGUUAAUGUGGUAGUUUGUAGUUGUAGUGUCUCCAACAACGUUGAGGGCCUCAUCUCUCAAAUAAAGGAUGAUAUGUCGGACGUCGUCGCAAACGUGAGGUUCGAAACUCUUCCUUACAACAUCAUAGACAUGGAUACAUUUGAAUUCAAUGGGAUAGAUGUUCUACUUCUCUGUCAUUCUAUUGAGAAUAGGCGAUUCUCACUGACCAACGUUACCGAUGCUCUAUAUGAUGGUUUCUUACCAAAGGCCAGAAUGCAUUUGGGUAAAAGCAAAAUAGGAGUGAUAGCACAUGACUUCCCUACAUAUGAACUCACACCUGAUCGUAUUGAAUCUAGGAUGGAAUCAUUUCGUCACGCCCAGGAAACAACAUUUAAUCAUUCUUCAUUGGUGUUGAUUGGAGGUCAGUUCAGCCAUCAUCCAAUAGAACUUCAAAGAGAUCAAAUCAAUAAACUCAAAUGGUUCUUUCAUAAAGCUGCUAAUCCCCCGAUGUUGGAAUCGUUCCGAAUCUGCCUUUUCCGAUUCUGUAGGUGUUGUUUUUGCUCUUGUCGUUAUGGCUAGAUAUUCCUCUUGACCUGCUUGAUGUCUUCUUAUUUCAAUAUUAUCAUGUAUUCUAUCUUACUUUAUUUUUUUGUUUUGUAAUGAAAUUUAUCAAAAUCAUUCAGUUCAAAUCAUACAAGUAAAAGUACAUUGCAAAAUGUUACAAUAUUAACAAAAACAGUUCAUGAUUAUUCGAAAUCAUUCUAUAUACAUGAUAUAAACAAACAUGGAAUGUUAGAACAUAUACGAGGUCCAAUGACCUAGUUUAAUUUGUCAAAAGUUAGAAAAUUACUUCACGCAGUAAUUUCCGGAGAACACUCCUAAUGAAUUCGCGUGAUUCAAUUCCUUAAAGGCCUAGUUACACCGGAACCGAAUCAGUUGCAAAUCCAUCCGAAUACAAUAUAUUCGGGUGAUUUCGGGAGUAUUCUGUUCUCCAUCCGCGAAUGCCAGAAAAUUCGGGAGGGAUUCGGCUAGCUUUGAAAUGUUAAAAGCCAGCCGAAUGCCAUCCAAACUACUCCCGAACGUGACUACAAAAAAUUUCAUUCAGGCCACAUUUGGGAUGUAAUCGGACGACAUUCGGUUGGAUUAGGGGGGGGGGGGCAUUCGGAGUAUUCUGGGCAAAUUCGGACCUAUUCGGGGCAUAACGGUCCGAGCUCGGCGCAUUCGGCCAUAUUCGUUCCGAUUCGGGUCUACAUUCAGGUCGUCAUUGGCUAGAAAAAUCGGGCCACCUUUGGCUCGAUUCUUGCCGCUGUUCGGGUGGCAUUCGGUUUUAUUCGAGAUGGCCGACAUUGAUUCGGGUCUAUUUUUGGCGAUUCUGCGCUGAAUCGGGACCUAUUCGGGACCCAUUCGUCUCUAUUCGGGGAACUCUCCGAGUCGGAGACGAAUAAGUUACAAGUCCACAGAAACCAUCCGAAUCAGGCCAUAUUCGAGCAGAAUUGGUCCGAAUGUACUCGGGAGAAUUCGGAUUUGGUGUAACCCUGGCUUUACGGGGCCAAAUAGGAAAUUCAUAAAAAAAAUAAUGGUCUGAUGGUCUUAUUUUAGACAAUAUAAUAUCUUAAAUAAGUGGAUCUAGGGAGAGGGGCGACCGCUAAUGCAGGCGCAAAAGGAAAGAAACAGGAAAAAAUAAAAAUAAAAUGGAAGGGGAAGGUAACAAGGACGGGAACUUAAAAGAAGCAAGUAAAAGAGAAUAAAACAAGAGGAGGGGGGAGAAAUAGAAACAUUUUUACGUCAUGAUAUAAAACUGAAAUUUUCGCUCGCGCUUCAAGCACCUUUGCCUGUUGAGUAAGAUAAUUCUCUGAUCAAGAGGAUAACAUGGGGCUUAAAUAUUACUCGCGAUUCGAGUUUUCAUUAUUUUGUUCUGGCGAGAUAUUCGCACCUGUUAAUGAUUGCAAGAAAUGAAAUGAUGAAUAUCAAACAUUUUCAGCUCGUGAUACGCGCUCACAUUAUUUGAUCAAUGAAAUACGUGUCCUCUUCAUAAAUUCACACAAACAGACCUUGAAAUUUCCACUUUUCAGGUCAGUAUAAUAGAUAUUUUCAGCUCACGCUUCACAAUCGCAUUAUUGUUCAGUUAGAUAAGCACCAUGUUCACGAUUAUUAAAAGCGCUCAGGAUGUCCCGUUUUUUAGGUCCUAGUCGAGAAAAAAAAACCACACCUCACAAUCGUAAUUUUUGUUUCAUCAUGUUUAUUCAAAACGUGUUUUAAUGUUCAGUUUUCAGGUUAGAAUGAUUAUUUAAAAAAGAAUUCAGCUCGCACUUCGCACUCUCAUUUAGUUAGAUAUCUAUCCUAUUCAUGACUAGGCCUACAGAAAAAAAAUUAGACUAGAACCGCGUGUCUAGAAUGUUAAAUUUUCAGGUCUAAAUGUAUUUGUUUGGCUUUAUGAAAGGAUAAACCCAAAGAUUUAAUUUGAAAGUUCAGUCCUUGGUAAGAACUACACUUAUAAAAUAUUAAAAAGAGUUUUCAGCGCCUUUAUCGGGAAAAAUGUGGAUGAAAACAAAAAUCCGCUCCCGUCUCCCCGCCCCGCGUAUCACGAGCUGAAAUGUUUGAUAUUCAUCAAUAUCAUUUCUUGCAAUCAUUAACAGAUGCGUUUAUCUCGCCAGAAUUAAAUGAAAAAAAAAGUCCGUGUCCCCCCCCCUCCCGUUGGUGAAAUCUGGACCCACUCCUGUAUUGGUAUGUCAACAGUGGCGUAGCUACGGGGGGGCCUGGGGGGGCACGUGCCCCCCCUGAGAUUUGGUGUGCCCCCCCAGGUGCCCCCCCAGAAAAAAUUGGCAGAGCAAAAAAAAAAAGGAAAGAAAAAAGGGAGAAGAAAAGAAAAAAAGGAAAAGAAAAAGGAAAAGAAGAAGAAAGACAGAAGAAAAAAAGAAGAAGAAAAUAAGAGGAGGAAGACGAGUAAAUGAAAUAAUGUAAUUAAAAAAACAAAUCUUUUUAUGUUACUAUAUAAAAUUUUUGCUGGCGCUUCGCGCCAGAAUUGCCUGUUCGAUGAGAUUCAUAUCUUGCUCAAUAGACUGAUAUGGAGAAAGUUUUAAAGUCAAUAUGCAAAACCUAUUUUAGCUCGACAUCGAGCUUUCAUUAUUUUUUUUUCAUUUACAAAUUUAAGUGCUCUGUAAAAUGUCCGUUAUAUGGUCUACAUAUAUCAGCAUUUUAAGCUCACGCUGCGUGGUCACAUUGUUUGAUUUGCGAAGUUCAUAUUGUCUACGUGUAUUCCAUAAUGUUCCAUUAAACAAAUGUAUUCAGAAUGCCCAGAUUCUAGGUCUACAUCUACAACACGCGCGAUAGCCUGCAUGUUCUUUAUUUAAAAUGUACAUGUACUUGAAUUAUCCAGUUUCACAUCAGAAUAUCAAUAAUUGUCUGCUCACGCUUCACGAUCGCAUUAUUAAUGAUACCCAAUUGACUAUAUCCUAUUUAUGAUUUACAAAAUAUGAAUAGAAUGUCCCGCUUUUAGGUCUAAAAUCUCAAUUUUCUUCCUCUCGCGCUUCGCGCUCGCAUCAAUUGUUUAGUUACAUACCUAUCCCUUUACUAAUAAAAAAGUGCUUAGAAUGACCAUUUUUUAGGUCGGAAUGUAAAAAAAAAUUUGCUCGCGCUUCGCACUCGCAUUAUCGAAAUAUAUACCGUCUUCGUGGGUAACUGUAAGCAGUCCUUAACAGGUCCCUUUUCGAUAAUGCUAUACAGUUGAUAACAAUUUCUGUUCGCGCUUGGCGUUCGCAGUAGCCAUCUAGUUACAUACGAAUCUUGUUCAGGAUCACACAUAACAUUGCCCAGAAAAUUAAAUU